AUGUCGUCAGACAACAUCAUCCUGGUUGGGUUUAUGGCUACGGGCAAGAGCCACGUGGCCCGUAUCAUAUCCCGAGCCACCGGGAGGCAGGCGGCUGAUCUGGACGAAGAGAUCGUGCGGCGUGCCGCUAAGCCGAUUCACCAAAUCUUCAGCGACGAUGGAGAAGCGGUAUUCCGGGCCAUGGAACGCCACGCCGCAUUUUCGCUAUGUGAAGGGGAAGACAAGAUUAUCGCCGCCGGCGGCGGCGCGUUCGCACAGGAAUCGACGCGAAAGGUUUUGCUGGACAACGGAACGGUGUUCUGCCUUACCGCCAGUCCCGAAACCAUCUAUUACCGGAUUUCCAGGGGUAGUAUAAGCGCGGCGGUGCGCCCCAUGCUGGCCGGUGGUGAUCCUCUGGAGAGAAUCCGACAGCUUCUGUUGGAACGCGCUGCUGCCUACGACCUGGCUCACCAUUCCAUACCGACGGACGACCGAACGCCCGAACAGGUCGCGGAUGAAAAUCCUGCAGAUUUAUCAAACAGAAACCCCGCAAACAGAAUCCCGGACUCCUCCGGAUGCUGGGAGACCAACACAAAUGACGAUCCAGGAGAACCUCGAUGGCUCAAACUGACCUUGCGGCGACCGUACAUCAUUCUGGGGGAAGCUACCCGGUCAUUGCGGAUUGGGGGGUGA